CUAGUUGACGCUCGUGCCGGCGCAUGCCGCUGUUACCGCGCCCCACAUUUGUCUGGAACAGAUUUUGUUCGACGAGUUCGACAGCGAUUUCUAAACUGGAGGCGUUAAAUUAGAAGCGCAAGUCCUUCAAAAGCAAUUGAUCUCUUGUAGCUGUCCUUCUCUACCUACUCUCACCAGGUCUUCCUGCCCGCAGUGAGGAGAGAUUAACCUGCUCGACAAUAUGGGGAAUACUCGGUAAACAGCGGCUAGGCGCCACAGAUCUUGCAUUUUUUUCCUUCUACAUAUAACGUAUUGAACUCAGCGCACGAGUUUCUGCAAACAAAUGUGAAAGAUCGGCAAACUUAAACGUGUUCAAGCUGGAAUCAUCGCCGCGACUAGCAGCUAUUCACGGCCUGUGGAGCGAAGCUACCACAAACAACAGUGAAAACACCGCCACUGCCAUGAACAGCGGUGGGAGCCCAGGUGCCGUGGGUGAGGGAGCUGAUAGCACCAGUCAGAACACCUUGCGCCGAGUGCUUGGUUGGACUACUGUGGCACAGUCCUACGGCAGGGGCAGGGCCCUGAAUCUCACCAAUCCUCAGGCUCUCCGUAAUGACUUACAUCAGGUGAUCAUGGGGUUGAGUCCGUUACUGGAGCGAUCUGCUCCGCGGCACCCAACGUUACCUUCGUGGUCUGGACAGCAACGGGUGGCGACUGCGAGUGCUGCGGAUGGUGACGCUCAACCGCGCGGUGUGCCGGUACCUUUAACAGAGUCUUCAGAGGCUGACAACUUCGUCAUCAACAUGGAGGACAACCCCCCUGCCCCACUGCCGUCUACGGAAAGCCUGAGAACGGCAGAGGGUACCCAAACUGCCCCUUCUCGUCCCGCAACGGGUUCGGACCCGCCCGGAGAUGGAGAAGAUCGGUGGGCAAACAAUCCGGAGCUUCGAGCGCUCAUAGUCCUCCUGGACAAAUACCUUUCGUUUGUCCUCAUUUUUCUAGUCAAGUUGGCUAUUGAUCAUCGGGUUGGUAUCCUCGUGUUCCUGGGACUCUUCGUGACAUUUUGCCACGCUAAUUCUGUGAUUAAGAGAGAAGUUGGAAAGCAGGGCAAGAGGCAGCUGAGUAGUUUGCUCAUUGUAGCCACAAAUUUGAUUACUGGCAUUUGCUUUGUCUACUUCAUUCUGGCAGGUAGAAGCACAGCCUCAGCGUUGAUAUUUAUGUUUCCUUACACCGAGCCCAUUGGAGCCAUGGAUGUGCUCUGGGUCGUGAUCGUGACAGACUUUGUGCUCAAGCUUAUUACUGUACUCUUGAAAGCUGCUGUCAUAGCUCUUCCCCCCUGUGUUAUGGCAUUUCCCAGAAGGGGAAAGAUAUACCUCUUCAUAGAGACGUCAUCGCAAGUGUAUCGCACAGCCCUUCCGAUGCAGCACUGGCUGUUCUACUUUUCCGAGGCUUACAGCGGCGCUGCAAAGGUCUGCAGCAUCCUGCUGUCUGGUGCAUAUUUAAUUUGCAAGUGUACGGACAUUGUGGCAAAAGCGAAAGCUUGGAGAAGGGCAUUAAUACAGACCCUCUCCACUGUGCGCUACGGACGAGGUGCCACAGAAGAUCAGAUAAAAGCCGUCGGCGGUUCUUGCCCCAUAUGUCAAGAUGAUUUUAAGAAUGCCACCAUGCUCACGUGCGGUCACAUAUUCUGCGAAGAGUGCGUUUCCGUCUGGUUCGACCGAGAACGCACGUGUCCGAUGUGCCGAGCCCAGAUAGCAGACGACCCCACGUGGCGGGACGGCUCGACGUCUCUCCUGGUCCAGGUGUUUUGAAACCGAGUCGGCCAAAUGGAUGUCAAAAUUUUUCUUACUGUACAAAAGAUUUCUCUAUUGUGAAAAAAAUGUGGGUAACAGUGAAACUAUAGGCUCUGGAAGCCAAAGACAAAAAAAAAAGACACGUUAAUAAAAGAAAUAGCAGGGACACAUUUCUGCACAACACUA